CGUAAGUGCUUUGUUUGCGCGCGAUUUUGUCGAUAGACUUUUUGAGAAAGAAAAGUUUCUUCAACGCGAAAGAGUUGAUGCUGUUGUUGUAAGAACUGAACCGCAUAGCAGUAUCGCUGCUGUGAAACCAUCGGCUUCCAAUACAUUUUGAAAUCCCUGACAACAACGUGCAUUGAUAUUUUAUUCAGACUGUUAGUGAAAAGAAGAUGAUCUUUAAAGAAACAUCUAGUCGGAAAACUAAGCGAUGUUGGGGAAUGCGAUUUCAAACACUCUUACUGUAUACCUGCAUGCAUGUGAUAAUAUUUACGUCAGAGUUGAGAUGUAUUCGUUGUUUUCAACAUGUUUGUAAUGGAAAACGAAACGCACUCCGAAAUUUGAAAGUGACGCUAGCUGGAUCUAGGUGGGACCUUUCCCUUCAUACCGCCGCUAUCGAAGAUUCAUAUGUAGAAGAAAGUCCUUCACAAAACAACGAUUUCGUGACGUCGCGUUCGACCACACACAUCGUAUUCCCUGGGGGAGGAAUCUUUUUCUACUACCAAGCUGGAUUGGUUUGCUUCCUACGAGAGAAAUAUGAUCUAUCGACUUGUACAUUUUCUGGUGCUUCUGCAGGAGCUUUGACCGCGACACUCACCGCCGCCGGCAUCGAUUUCUACGAAGCCACCGAUCUCGCUUUGAAAUUAGCAGAAGAUGCUGGUGUUUGGGAUAGAAAGGGUGGUUUGCAAGGGAUCUGGGGACCAAUGAUCGAGGAGUGGCUUGAUUCGCUGUUACCAGCAUCUAUCGAAUCAUUGCAAGAUAGAAUAACUCUAUUAGUCACUCCGGUACCGACCUUUGGGAAGACGAAAAUAUCAAAGUUCAGAGAUCGCGAAGACCUGAUUCGGUGCAACAUGGCAAGCGUCCAUCUAGUAAGUAAACAUAUCGGUUUUGAGAGCUAAGCUUUGGUAUAUUGAAUAUUCGGUCGUAGUAAACUCUGAUCGACUGAAUUAAAUUUUGCGGCAUCCAAAUACACAAUUUGACUUUCCAUAGCCUUGGUUCUUGGAUGGAAAGCUGACGUCAAAUUUUCGUGAUCGCCCUCAUAUCGACGGGAGUUUCCUUUCGAAAGAAGAUGAUUAUAUGCGUAAAGAUGGAGAUGAAAGCCCAGUAUCGAUGGAGACUAUCUUUCUUGAUUGGAGCAAAGAUCCAGCAAUGAGCUCAAAAGGCGGAUUUGACAUUGUCGAGGCACUUUCACCAGACGGAAUAUAUGGUCUCAUCGAGCAAGGAAAGCUCUAUGGCAAGAUAAUGGAAGACCAGGGGAAGUUCGAUAGCCUUGAAAAACUUACAUAGCUGGUUCAUCUCAGAUAAAAAUCAUUGAAAAUAAUGGAUUCAAAAUAUAAUUUUGAACUCUAAAUUUUCAAGCCGUGUCCAUUUUUCAUGACGAGAUAUCAAAAAUAUCAAACACAUAAAUGUUGCGCUCUAGAUAAGCAGGAGUUGUGACCAUAGUGAGAGAUGCUCGUAAUGCGUCAGUAGAUUGUUUGUUGCAUUCCAAGAUGAAAUGGUAUUCCGCUUCCUGUGUGUCGGGUACCCGCGAUACUUUCACUUCGGCACUGUGGGAUUCCAGCUCUCCAAAUAGUGACCGUAAGCUUGAAACAAGAAUAGUAAGAAAUUCGGAUUGAUCGUUGAUCACUGGCAAACAUCGGAUUCCAAGACUGGAUCUGCAAGAUUCCAUCUCAUUCUGGUUGCUCUUCGUCAUCGUUCCUCGCAAAUACUCUCUCACACUUUUCUCCACCAUAAACAGAAUGAGAGAGA